ACCUCGGGACGGAGAAAAAGACGCGCCUCGGUUUCACCGGCAGAAUAAGUCACAGAGGCUCGAAUGACUGAAAUGGAAACAUUUGGGAUCAAGGUUGCAAACAUGGGAUUUUUUUUUCUAUUGGGAAGCAGCACGGGCCUCAAAUUCACAUCUCUACUCUGCUUCUACUGCCUUGUGUGGAGUUCAGAAGCCAACUGUCCCACACCUCAGAGAGGAGAAAACAGCGUGUUGAGCGACCAGGCUCGCCUGAUGAAUAAAUAUCCGGAAGGCUCCAACGUCACCUUGGAGUGUUGCAACGGCUUUGAAAAAGAGUCGGGCUCGGAGGUUAUACGUUGCCUGAAUGGCAACUGGACUCGAAUUGAGCUCAUCUGCAAAAGAAUGGACUGCGGUGAGCCUAAACCUCAACCCAACAUGAUUUUUGACACCAGCACCGGCACCCUCUUUGGCGACAUUAUCAAAGUCACAUGUGAAAAAGGUUACGACAUUAGCGGCACCAGCUACAAGCAAUGCUACGAGCGGGGCUGGUUUGGAAGAUCCAAGUGUGACAUAUUAACGUGCAACAAGCCCGCAGAGGUGAGCAACGGCACACACUCCUGGGAUUCCCAAGACCGCCCAACGUACGGCCAAAUGAUCGUGUAUAAUUGUGAUGAAGGCUACACACUCGUUGGCAAUGACUCCAUUCAAUGCGAUGACACGGGUAAAUACGAUUCUCCGCCUCCUGAAUGCAAAGACGUUUCAUCAUCAUUGGCCCCAUCGACCACGGCAGCAGCAGCUCACAGAGAUAUAAUUAUCAGGGGCGGAACAGAAGUCACCACGCAGCGAGAAAAACAUGGUGUGGUCACAGAUGCCAACAAGGAUGUUGAUUAUUUACCUGUUAUACUCAGCGUGGUGUGCGUCUCACUAGUCGCAUGCAUAGGGGUGCUCUCUCUUCAUCGAUGUCUUCUCAGGAGAAAAGGGUCGUAUGACACCAGGGAAGACCAGAAGUCUGAGUUUCUAAUCUUCCAAAACAUCUAGAAGGCUCCUUGCACGGAAAGUUGGAAGAAUGCCUAUCUGCUGGAGAGCAUCUGGGAAGUCAGGAAGGACGUGCCAACACACUGGAGCAGUUCCUCUAAAGGGGAAAAAGGAAUUUGAUAUAUAAUGCACUUCCAUUCAGUUGAGUUCAUGUGUCAUCAGUCCAAUGAUAAACAUUAAGCACUUUUAUUUUCUCGUUACGUUUGCCACAAUGUUGUAAAUAUUCACUGCCGCCUAAGUAUUUUUUAUUGUAUUUUUUUAUAUCCAUAACUGGAAUAAAAGUCACUAAUAUGGGUCAAA